UUCGACCGAGGACCCGUGUGCCUCACCGCGGCGUCGCCAUGUCCUCAGUGUUCGGGAAACCCCGUGCGGGCGGCGGGCCGCAGAGCGCGCCCCUCGAGGUCAACUUGGCCAUCCUGGGACGCCGCGGGGCGGGCAAGUCCGCCCUGACCGUGAAGUUUCUGACCAGGAGGUUUAUCAGCGAAUAUGACCCCAACUUGGAGGACACCUACAGCUCAGAGGAGACCGUGGACCACCAGCCUAUCCACCUGAGGGUCAUGGACACUGCGGACCUGGACACGCCCAGGAACUGCGAGCGCUACCUGAACUGGGCCCACGCCUUCCUGGUGGUGUACAGCGUCGACAGCCGCCAGAGCUUCGAGGGCAGCAGCAGCUACUUGGAGCUGCUCGCCCUGCACGCGAAGGAGACGCAGCGCGGCUACCCUGCUCUGCUGCUGGGCAACAAGCUGGACAUGGCCCAGUACAGGCAGGUCACCCAGGCAGAGGGCGCAGCCUUGGCGGGCAGGUUCGGGUGCCUGUUUUUCGAGGUCUCCGCCUGCCUGGACUUCGAGCAUGUGCAGCGUGUCUUCCACGAGGCAGUACGGGAGGCACGGCGGGAGCUGGAGAAGAACUCCCUGGCCCGACCCCUCUUCAUCUCUGAGGAGAGGGCCCUGCAUCACCAGGCCCCGCUCACAGCCCGGCACGGGCUGGCCAGCUGCACCUUCAGCACACUGUCUACCGCCAGCCUGAAGGAGAUGCCCACUGUGGCCCAGGCCAAGCUGGUCACUGUCAAGUCAUCCCGGGCCCAGAGCAAGCGCAAGGCACCCACGCUGACCCUGCUGAAGGGCUUCAAGAUCUUCUGAGGGCCCCUGCUCAGGAUCCCAGGCUCGGCACUGGGCAGUCCCCAGGGCAGGGCUGGCUUCUCACCACCAGCUUUCCUUCUGAUGGAUCAGCAGCCCUCGCCCCCUGGUGGACAGCUGACCCCUCCUCCAGCACCAGGCAGUGUCCCUGUCACCCAGUUCACUCUACAGGCAAUAGGGACAGGCAGGAAUGCUGCUCCUAUUCCCUCCAGGCCUUGGUUUCCAUAGUAACCACUGCAUCCCUCACCCUGAUGGGAAACAGCCACCGUGACAACCCAGGGACCUGGGGUCAGCCUGAAAUGGAAGGAAACUGCAGUGUCGUCAUGGCGCCGUCACCUCUUCCUGCUCCAGCUGCAACCAGGCCAGAUGUGGCCCCUAGUGGACAGCUCUGUGUGGACAGCUCCAGGAGCCCUGAGAACAUCCUGCAGGAGGGACAGUCUCGAGGUCCCAGCACCUCCUGGUGGACUGGAAGGGCAGGGCGGCUGCAGUUUUUGGAGGGCCAGAGUCUGGCCUUGUCACUGUCUUCUGAUCUCACAGAGGCCCCAGCAACAAGGCCUGUAGUUGAUCCAAGUAAAACCUAGUUGAAAUAAUCCUACGGGACAGCCUGGGAGAAGCAGAGGUGUCCCAGGAAGGGCUGUUUCCAGUACUUUGCCUCUCAGUGAGGGUAGAAGGUGGGAGCUGUGGGUAGGCCAGUGUAGGGAGCCUCCAGCGUGUUUUUAGCAGGAGGCAGGGCCCCCGUAUUUUCCCACCUUAAAUCAUGGGCUCUGUCCACAGACCCUGGGGACCAGCCUUCUCAAGUUUAAUGAGCAAAACUGCAGAACAAAGUUAUUCUCUGCAGUGACAUUCACCCAGGACUCCAGGGAGCCCACAGCUGUAUCAGACAUCCCAUGGGCACUCAGAGGGAGAAACACAGUGUACUGUUUGUACUCUGGUCCAGUGGGACCUUUAGCAAUGGGUCUGCAUGUCCAGAGUCUACUUUUGUAAGAUAGAACCUAAAGCAUUUGGGGUUCAUAGAGCAAAUUUUUGCAUAAAUUAUCUGGGGUUGCCACCACAGCUAUAAGCCACAACACUGUGGUUCAGACACGGGAUCAGGACACUCCCACUCCUCUGGGAUCCCACGGUUUGCGGGAGAAGGGUCUUAGAGGCAGAGAGUUUCAUAAUUCUCUAGCUCUGUUUACCACAGGACCCCUGGUCCAAAGGAGGUCUUUCAUGGACCCUCAGCAGAUAAGCAGGUAAAGGAGAGGGCUGGGUGGGGGGAGGAGGGAAGGGGGUUCUGAGCCCAGAAUCCUGCCCAUUUCCCCAUGAGCCCUUCCAGGAGCUUGGAUAGAAAACCAACAGCUCCAGCCCAGGCUUCAGCCACAUUCUAUAGAUGGAGAAGCCGAGGUCAGAGGGAGGCUGUGAACCCCUCGAGACCACUCGAGGAGUCCUGGCCAGGCUUCCUGACCCACAGGCCGGCUCUGAAUUUCAUGCUUUUGCUCCCAGCCGCUUAUGUGUGGACCACCACCAUGUGAACAAACUAUGCAAUUCCAACUGCCCACAUCCAGAAGCAUUUUAAUAAAAAGGGGGUUAUUUUGGUUCA